GCGCGCAAGCGAUGUUCUCGAUCUCACUAACACAGUGUUUCAGCUGCAAAUUUAUUGACCCGUGAUAACUAGUUUAAAAAAAUAAUAUUCUUUAUUGGCUCCUCAUCCAUUAUAGCUAGAAGGCGCUGGGCACUUAAAAUUCCCUAUUAAAAAUUGCCACUAUCUUUAAUAACAUAAAUUACCUAUGCUGAGAUACAUGUAGACAUUGUAGAUAAAACUAAAACUUGGCUUAUCAUAUGAGAGAAAACCAGCCUCCUCUAUAAGCUUAAAAACUCCGUCCUUUAGGAAUGAAACAUCUGCACCAAAUCUGCACCCCUUCCCGACUGCAGGCGAGACAUCUCAGUCAAGGGAUCAUGUUCGCAUCACAUUCUGGUUGGGUCUCCAGGACCAUUAGGUAACCGUGGGUCAACUAAUAUGCCAGGGUAGUGUCUCAUUUACUAGGUAUUUGUGCAUGCACCCAAGGGCGUAUCACCGUCCUAGUAACCUAAUCUCCCAAUGCUAAUUGUUCGGGCCAACAACGGCAUCACAACAACGCUGCCAGACAAUACAAAAUAUAGCAUUAAUCCGAGGACGACAUCCCGAUUGGUGACUAGUUAACCUUCGGCUGCGGGAGGUUCCUCUUUGCUGAAUAAAAUCGUCUGGCGGUCGCCUGAAUAAAAUUAUACAGUGAGGGAAUCGCAUCGAAAUGGUUAAUUGUUACAGUGUUUAAAGAAAAGGGGCUGAACGGGACACGUUGGUCUUGACCAUCUUUUCAUUUCCUGACAAUUCUACUAUAGGGCUUCAUGCACCAGUGCCCACACUGAGCAACUCGCCAUGGAGCGGUAACUGCAACAGAAAUACUUGGAUACUUAUAAUGUGGACACAGUGAGCCAGUGUAGCUAUGUGUGUUAUUUAGUGGGAGGAUAUUCACGCACUGCUCGCCAGAUUCUGGUGUUCAUUGUUAUUCCACAACAAUGGGCAAAUAUUCUAAGAAAGCAUCAGAGAUUCUUGUGAGGGCAGUUUAUCAUGGUGACGUGGUGAUGGUGUUGGUCACCUUCGCUCUUGGUGCUGACCCCAACAUCAGUGCCUGGAGUAAAACUAUCAAUGAGCCACACUGCCUGUUGACCCAAGCGACCCUGAGAGACCACGCCCACCUGGUACCUCACCUUGUAGCAGCAGGAGUCCCGGUUGACGGUUCUCGGAAGGUCUCCCUCAGGCCUUUACACUGGGCGAUAAAUUUGGGUCAUGACCUUGUAAUGAAGGCACUGCUCACUGCUGGUGCCAACGUGGAGGUCAGGACUAUUGAAGGUCAAACUGCCCUACAUCUAGCCGCAGGUGAAGACAGAGAGCAAUGCGUGGAGAUGCUCCUGAAAGCCAACGCAAAUAUUAACUCUAAGGAUAACUGGGAUAGUACACCAUUACAAGUUGCUGCGACUGGUAAUUCUUUAGGUGCUUUGAAGCAGUUACUCAACCAAACCGGCUGUGACCGUCAUGCAAGGGGUAAGUCGCAAUCAACAGCACUUGAUUGUGCAGCAAUAAACGGACAUGUGGGGGCGAUGCAGAUCCUGGUACAAGCUGGCCUCAACCCUGACACCAAGAACAGAUUAGGAUACACACCACUGGAUUCUGCAAGAUUUGCAGGUCAUGAAAAUAUAGAGUGGUGGCUGAGGAAGUUACCACGUCCCGGACCUUCUGUUGAGACACCCAGUCCCGUGUUAAUGAAAAGGUACUGGAGAAUUUGUGAAAAUGUGUAUAAAUAUCUGUUAGAGGCAAUAAAAAACAAGGACUCCACAAACUUCACUCGGGGAAAAUACUUAGGAAUGGUGAACCACCACCUGCAGGAUGUUACAGGCCGGACAGUCCUCCAUUGGGCGGCGGAGCUUGGCUGGAUUAUUGAGGUGGAAGACCUCUUGGAUAUAUUUCAACUAUAUCCACAUGCGGUGACUUGGGAUGGUGAGACUCCAGCUGAUCUGGCACGACGAAGAGGUCAUCACAAUGUAAUGCGUGUGAUCAAACACUAUCGGCCCCCACAGGUUCAAGGGUCACCAGAAGAACUGUACGAUCAACUGCUGUUUCUCAUCACCCAAGGUGACGACUAUAAACAAGGGAGUCAUCUGCUGUGUUCAGGAGCGCCUUUAGAGUCUCCGAGUGGCUCAUCCACCCAGCCCCUCCCUUUGGCUAUUACUUGUAACAGGCGCCAAAUGGUAAGCCUCCUGCUGGCAGCUGGGGCACCACUCACUACCACCUGCAACGGUUUCAACCUGCUGACGCUGGCCUGGUUCUCCCCCGACGUCAAUACUCCUGUUCAGGUCACCAUUACAAGGGCCUUCCUUCAUGUGCUGGAGUGUGAACAUAACAAGCUGAUACACCUUCCAGAAGUUAAAGAAGGUGUUGGUCAUCUCAUGACCACAAUGAGAGGUGACACUCCCUGGCGAGCCAGCUGGCCUGGUGGCGGGUCAGUGGUCCAACUGACAGAGCUCAUGGUCGAGGCCGUCCGUUCUGGAUGUACUUUGACAUGCAGCUUCAUCCAUGAGGCUGGUGGUCAGUCUUCCCUGUGCACCAAGUCCGGUGUGAGUCCUCUGCACGCAGCGCUGGAGGCUGGCCACUGGAACCUGGCGAGGCAAAUGCUCAAGAACAUGGGAGGUUGCCUUUAUGUAGGUGACUCCGGAGGUCGACUGCCCACAACCAUAAUGUCUUCACACCUCCGCCAGCAGCUAGAGCAGAAUAUUUAUAACAAGGAAAGGAUCCAGCUGGAGGAGCUACACUUUAAGAUGAAAGACAAAGUGGACAAGCAGCAGGUACAGGAGCUUCUCCGCGUUCAGAAGAACCUCUUUACCACUUACUGGGAGAAGAAAACUGGCGCCAGAGGGAACACAGCCACACCCUUAUGUCAAGAACCAUUCAACAGCUCUCAGGUACUACUCAUAGCGUCUCAAGGUGGAUUGCUGCAACUGAUCUACCUCCUGGUGAAGGUGGGAGGUGUGGGAGUUAAUACACAAGUGGAUCCUACUAAUGGCACGACUGCCAUUCACCAAGCUGCCUCUCAUGGCAAGUCUGGCAGCGUCCUCCUCCUUCUGAACCUUGGCGCUGACCCGCUGCACGAAGAUCUAUACAAGCAAACAGCUCCCCAUCUGGCAGCCAUGUUUGGCCACCAAAAGGCCUAUGAGCUGUUUAGAGAGUUCCUUAAACAACAGGAGCCUUCCUGUAGAGCUGGAACUACGCCAUCAGAUGUCAAAACUAACUUCUCAAACUACUUGAAGAUGUAUAAAAAAUGUGAGUCAAAUGAAGCACAAAUAGAGAACAACCCAAUAGAUGCCACAAUAAAUCUUCUCAAACGUACCAACAUAAGAAACUUGGUGAAAAAUGCACAUAAAGUGGCUGUUGAUUACACUACCGGUGAGGCACAAGAAGUAAAGGAAGUCAUAACGAAAGAGAUGAAGAAAAUUACAGACAAAGUUGCAGUUAUUGACAGUACGUACACUGGUACACUCACGCUGCUUGGGAGCACUGCAGACUCCACAAGGCUCUAUUGUCCUGAUGAGUAUGAUUUUAAUCUAACUCUCAAGAGCUUCUCUGAUGUCACUGUUAACAUUAUUAAACAAAGAAAGAAGGAUGUCUUGUUAAGCGGCCACAAGUUAAAGAUUGAAAUUGAAACAAAAAACCCAAGUCUUAAGGGUAAUAAAUUGAUGAGUAACCUGUACGAGCGAGUAAGAGAAACCCUUAAGAGCUAUGUACUGCAGGACGACAGACUGAGCCUUGUGCCACCUGGUGUGACCAGGACGCAGGUGGGCCUGGCACUGUCACUGGCUUGGCAAGGGAGUGAAUAUCCUUUGCUGUUGGUUGACAUUGACUUAGUUCCUGUACUAUCUGUAACUUGGCCUAAGGAGAUAAUGAGACCACCCCUCACACCCGACGACUCACAGAUGAUCCACAUCAGUAACACCGGAGAUGCAAAAUGGCGCGGCAGCUUCGCUGCGACUGAGGUGGAGGUGGUGAAGCGGUUGGAUCCUCAGGAACGCCAAGUGUUUCUCACCGGCAAGAUUCUCCUUUCUUACAUGAAGGCUGAUUCCUGGAUGCCGAGAGAAGUGAAGAACCAAUUUUCUUGGUGGGACUCUCGCUACUGGAGUAUCCCUAUUCCUGCAGGAUUCUGUUUCAAGAAUUCCUUCUUGAUGCUGCUACAAGAAAAACGAAAGAAGAGAAUCCAGUGGAAGGAAGAGAAUACAAUGACACACGUCAUGGAAGUGUUUGAAGUUAUGUGUCUGAAGACAGAUGAUACUAAACAUAUUGUGCCGGGUAAAGUUCACGCUUACUUCGGUGGAGACUAUGAGAAGCCAAAGGUGGGUGAAGGAGCCCCACGUAUAAUUGACUUUCUCAAAGAUUUUCACAAAACUUCGAAAACCUGAAGUUGGUUAUUAGGGAUUUAAACUUUCCUCAACUGGUGGAUCACCAUCUGUGAGGAUAGAGUUGUCACUGGAAUUAAGAGUUUAACUGAAUGUAGCAAAUCAAAAAAACAAUA